AUGCCACACGUACUAGUCUAUGGUGGUAGUGGAGCUCUGGGCCGAAAUGUCGUAGACACAUUCGCCAAGGAUGGGUGGACUGUCACGAAUGUAGACCUGUCAACAAACGAAGCCACUCCUCACAACAUUGUCUUGAAACACUCGUCUGAUCUACACGACACCCCUCGCCAUGUCGAAGAAGCUCUGUCACGGAUACUAGACUCGCUCGUCGACACGCAUCUGGACGCCAUCAUCAACGUCGCUGGCGGCUGGGCAGGUGGAAAUGUUGCCUCCCAUGAUAUAUACAAGACAGCCAUGGCCAUGUAUACUCAGUCAACUUGGACUGCAUUGGUUACUGCUCAUCUCGCCACAAAGUUUUUGCGAACUGGUGGGACCCUUGUCUUGACCGGCGCUGCAGCUGCUGUCGAUCCGACUCCUGGAAUGGUUGGAUAUGGAAUGGCUAAAGCUGCUGUACAUCAUUUGGUGAAAUCUAUCGCUGCCAAAGAUGGUGGGUUGCCAGAAAAGGCCAAGGUUGUCGCUAUAUUGCCCGUGACUUUGGACACGCCAAUGAAUAGGAAGUUCAUGCCUGAUGCGGAUACUUCUUCAUGGACUCCGUUGCCGGAACUAUCCACCAAAUUUUUGGCAUGGGCAACUGGUCACGAACAAGUUACGACAGGAUCUUUGGUCAAAGUGGUUACUGCGGCUGGCAAGACUACUUUCACUCCGUUGUAA